UCAGUCGCUAUAUUAGAUACUCACCAACCAUCUGUCUUGCAGGAUGGCUCUUCUCGAGCCUUCGUCUGGGCUGCACUAGCCGACGCAGGCAUCGACGCGAAUGUCGGCUUUGGAACCCUAAUCUGGGAACAGGAGGGUUCCACCCAACACAAGCGAUACGACGAUAUCCGCGUGGGCGACGUCGUCGUUCUGCACGAUGCCAAACUCAAGGGCAAGAAGGGCUUGAUAUCGUACCAGCAACAAGUCGGCUCGGUGGAGGAGCCGAUGUUUUGCAUUUGUUCCGAAACCGAGUCGAAGAAGAACAAGUGCAAGGUUUGGCAAGUCGAGCGAGGCCACAUUACGACCGAGAGUUAUCGUCUGGAGGAUCUGCAGAGCGGUCUUGUCAGGGUGAGCCAUGUUGCCGGGAAAUGUGAUGCGACAAACGAUGCUCAUGACCGCUUCUCUUUGCCACACAGGUAUUCCGUCCCAUGA